AUGGGCAGUGGCAUCGAAGAGCAUCAAUACUUUAUAUUCUGCUUCAAAGGAGAAACACCUGGCCUGCAUGGAGUAGGAUUUUUGAUAAAAAAAGAAUACAAAAACAAUAUAUUAAGCUUCUCAGGCUUAUCUGAAAGAGUUGCAAUACUUCAACUUGAGUUCAACAAAAAGAUAAUAUCAAUAAUUCAAGUGUAUGCACCAACUGAAAAGGCUUCUAAAGAAGAAAUGGAAAAAUUUUACGAAUCACUGCAAGAAGCGCAAGCGCAGACUAGCGGAGAUGUACUGUUAAUGGGAGACUUCAAUGCCAAAGUAGGGAUAGCUAAAACAAAAGAAGAUAAGAUUCUAGGUAAAUUUGGUUACGGAAAAAGAAACGAAAGAGGUGAAAAGCUCAUAGAAUUUGCCUUCGAACACAAAUUGUCGAUUAUGAAUACGUAUUUUAAAAUGAGACCAAAUCGAAAAUGGACUUGGAAAUCACCAAAUGGAAAAGUAAAGAAUGAAUUAGACUAUAUCUUAUCAAACCAGCCCAAAAGUAUAAGGAAAAUAGAAGUACUGCACGGCUUAGGGUAUAGUUCCGAUCACAGACUGGUUAGAGCAACUUAUUCUUUACAAAAUACUAAAAAAUGUAGGAUAUCGUUCAAAUCAUCCCCAAAUAUAUUCAAAACUGAAAAAUAA